AUGGCGGAAACGGCGGCCCAGGGGCUCUCGAACUUCGCUGGCUCUGAGGCGGAUUUAUCGGCUCAACUCAAAACCCUAAAAGAAACAAAUGAAAGAAAGGCGAAAGAAGUUAAAGACAUAAAGCGCCGCACAGAACUGACAGUGCUAGAGACGCAGGCGCUGCAGCGGGCGCUGCUGACGCUGCUGCAGGAGAAGCGCAACGAGCCCCCGCAGCAGCAGCAGCAGCAGCAACAGCAGCAGCAACAGCAGCAGCAGCAGCAGCAGCAGCGCCUCUCCGCUGUUGCUGCUAAUGGCAUUUCUUUAGAAACAAGACAUGCACUUCUCUCCAAAGAAAGCAAAAAGACAAAAACGGAAAUGCUGCAGCUGCAGCUGCAGAUCAGCGGCGCCCAGCGGCUGCUCAAGGAAACCAUAAAAAACGGAGAACUCGAGGCAGCGGAGCUGCGAAGAGAUGCUUUUGAAUUUCGAAGAGACAUUUUGUUAGCUGGAGAGGAAAUCCCCACGGGAUUGACAAGUGGGGAGGCCCUUUUGAAUUGGCUCCAAACGAGAAUUCUUAAUUUGCAAAAAAAAGAGAAAAAAAUCGAAAAUAAACUUCUCGAGUCCAAAGCUGAAGGCCGCCGGGGGGUCCCCGGGGGGCCCCCCUCUUGGGGCCCCAAGGAGGGCCUCCUCAGGGGCCCCCUGGCGCGCUCCCUGGGGGGCCCCCUGGGGGGCCCCCUGGGCGCCCUUGGGGGCCCUAGUAGCGGGCUGCAACAUAUUGAUUUGCAUCAAUUGAAAAUAGAAAAUAAAUUGUUUGCUGAUAAAUUGGAAGAGUCCAAAAAUGAUGUGGCAACUAAGAAAAGGAUUUGCUCUCGGACGCUGCAGGAGCAGAAUCUGCUGCAGCAGCAGCUCAGCAGCAGCAGCAAAACUGCCAGCUGCUUAGCUGCUGCUAUUCAAAACAAAACAGCAGCGCUGCAGCAGCUGCGGAAAGCUGCAGCAGCAGCGCAGCAGCAAAAGGAAGCGACGCGGACGGAAACCAAGCAGCUGCUGGCGCAGUCGCGCAGCAGCAGCAACUCUUUUCAAAUAUCCGAUUUGGUGCGGCAGAAGGCGCUGCUGCUGCAGCAGCAAAAGCUGCUGCGGGCGCUGCAGCGGAAGUUGCAGGUGGCGGAGCUGGAGGCCCGCACACAGCAGCACCAGCACCAGCAGCAAGAGCGUCACCAGCAGCAGCAGCAGAAGCAGCAGAAGCAGCAGCAGCAGCAGAAGCACCAGCAGCAGCAGCAGAAGCAGCAGCAGCAGCAACAGCAAGAGCAGCACCAGCAGCAGCCAGGGCCAUACAGGCAGCAGUAG